AUGUUCAAGGUUUUAGCCCUUGCUCUUUCGUUCAACGUCCUCGCUCAGGUUAGUAUUGGCAUAGGUUUUGGAGGAUUUAGAAUAGAUUCGGCAUGGCUGAUAAAAUUUCUUUGGCCAUGUUUGGCUUUAAUCUGGGUUUUAACUUUAUUAUUGUUUAAAUUGCAUUUCUUGCAUAGAAAAUGCAAAUCGAUCUUGCACUUAUUUAGUCAUAGUUUUCGUAUUAUUCAUGGUUCAAGUUUUGCCAAAGAAAUACAAAGGUUUCCAUAUUCUUUUGGGAUUUAGCUUCCUCACAUUUUUGGCCUUACUUAGCCUUUAUACAUUGAUCUUAUUGUCGUCAUUUUAGGGAUUCCUCUUCCCCAGUCUCGGCGGUGGCGGUGGUGGCUGCUGCGCUCCCCCAGCUCCUUCUUGCUGUGGAGCUGCUGCUCCAGCCUGUGCUCCAGCUGCCGGAGGAUGUGGUGGAGGUUAUGGUGCCGCUUCUAGCUCGUACGCCGCUCCAGCCUACUCCCAAUCAUACGCUGCCCCAUCCUACUCCGCUCCAGCUCCUUCUUAUUCCGCUCCAGCGGCCGGAGGUUACGCCACUGCUCCACAAGGUGGUGCUAGCUAUGGCCCUGCUGUCGGUGGAGGUCAAGGAAUUGGCGGUGGAUAUGCUACUGGACCAGUUGGCGGAGCCGUCGGUGGAUAUUCGUCCGGAGGCGCGGUUGGCGGAGGCGCCGGAGGGUAUGCUUCUGGUCCAGCUGUCGGAGGAGGAUCCGGAGGAUACCAGGGCGGUCCAGCUAUCGGAGGCCCCGUUGGAGGCUAUGCUUCCGGACCAUCGGUUGGUGGAGUUCAAGGAGGUGCCGUCGGCGGAGGAUAUUCCUCAGGACCUGCUGCUAUCAAUGGAGGUCAAGCCGGAGGAUAUAACGGCGGACAAAGCCAAGGAUACGCUCAAGGCCAGACUUUGCCAUCGUUGAACUUGCCAACCGAGCAGGCUCAGCCACAACAGGGCUCUUAUCAAGAACAAACCUCCGAGGCUGCCCCGGCUCCAGCUCAACAAUACAGCGAGCAGCAAGCCCCAGCCCCGCAAAGCAACUACCAGCCUCAGCAGCAACAAACCUCUUCGACGACCUAUACCGAACAAGCUGCUGCUCCCGCUCCCGCUCCCCAACAACAACAGAGCUACAGCGAGCAGGCUCCAGUUCAAAGCCAGCAAUCCACCACCUACAAUCAGCAACAGACUCAGAGCCAAAGCUACAGUGAACAAGCUCCAGUCCAGAGCCAACAAUCCACCAGCUACAACCAGCAAUCCAACUAUCAAGAGCCAGCUGUCGCCACCACAACCUAUGCUCCAGCCACCACUACUCAAACUUACACUACUGUUGCGGCGACCAGCGCUCCAACCAACCAGGCCAGCUAUGGAGGCCAGAGUGCCGCCGCAUCCAACACCAAUGCUCAAGCCUAUGGCGGCGGAGAGGAUGAGGACAAUGUUUAUGAUGAUAUUGCGGGAAGCAACAACGGUGCUGCUACUGCUCAGAUCGCUGAGCCAGCUGCUGCCACCGAAACCGAACGCGGCUACAACAAGGCCAGAGUUCAUGCCGCUACUUUGGCUGUGCCAGCCGAUACGGGAAAAUGCAACAGCGAGGAGCUGAGAAACUUGAUCUUGGAGGUGAGAAAUAGAGACUUUUAGGGGAUAGAAAGCAGUGAGCUAUGCAGUUUAAGAGGUUAUUUUUUGGCUCAAGGGAGUGUAGGACAUUGCGGAAACUUAACAACCUUGAUAUCAAGAUAUAUUGCUAGCACAAUUUUCGCAUCUUUACGUUGACCCCGUGCGUAGCAAGUAUAUUUUCACUGCCUUUUAAACCACCAUCAUUUCCAGAACAUGGACAAAUCGCCCAAGAUCUCGAAGCGUCAGAUCCAGAAGAACGUGACCGCCUCCCUCGGCGGCAAGAUCGACGUCAUCUGCUCGGAGUCCGUCUUCUCCUAUCUGGUGAACACCGAGCAAUACUGUGAAGUCGAGAAGGACGGAAUCACCUGCUUGGCCUUCAAACAAGUCGCGUAA